UAUAUAAAGAGCUAAUGCAGAAGAAAACUAUACAACCAUAUUGAUAUUGCAAACCUCUCAUGCUCACAAACUCCUUAUUCUUUUAGCCUUUCUUGCAAGUUUCAAAUCACAAACACUACCAUAAUAGCCUUUGAUCUUCUCUUCAACUUUCCAACAUGAACAACCUUGGAGAUGAAACAGAGUUUUGUCAGAGGAAGAGGAAAUCUCCAAGCUCUGAAGGUUCCACUUCAAGGAGAAGAUUCAGCAGCAACAACAACAAUGAAAAAGAUGGAGUCUCCACCACAUUGAAGCUUUACGACGACCCUUGGAAGAUCAAGAAGACGUUGAUGGCGAGUGAUUUAGGAAUCUUGAGCAGACUCUUGUUGGCUGCAGAUUUAGUGAAGAAGCAGAUUUUGCCUAUGUUGGGUGUUCAUCAAGCAAGAGCUGCAGAGACUGAACAAGGUUCCCAAGUUAGAGUUUGGGACGUGGACACAGAAUCUAUGCGCCAAUUAGUUCUCAAGCGUUGGUCCUCUUCCAAAAGCUAUGUUCUUAUUGGAAAGUGGAGCCAAGAUUUCGUGAGAAGAAGAGAGUUGAAGAAAGGGGAUGAGAUUGGAUUCUAUUGGGACCCUUAUAAUUGCGCUUUCAAUUUUUGUGUUCUUAAACGCGCUAGGUCACUCGGAUUAGAUCAUCUUAUGUCACAUGACGACACCAUUGUCAAGAGAAACUAACUUAUUUAACAAUGAUAAUAGGCAGGUCAUUGCGAAAUCUAACAUUUGAUCGACAUGCAGGGUUGUGACGGUUUUAAACCGCUAUACCUCGCAUGAAGUUUUGUAAAAAGUGAAAAUGCAUUUUUACGCUGAUCAUUGGACCACCAAAUACACAUAUGUCCAAAGUGUGUAAGCAAUAUCCCAUAUUCCAGAGUCGGCCCUUCGGAGUCUAAAACAUCACUUAAAUAGCUAAGUAAUAUUUAUGAUAACGAAGAUAGAUAAUAACAAUCUCAUGUGAAGUUUUCAGGUGAUAAAAUCCUGAUUUACGAGAAACUUUUAGUUUUGAUUUAUAUAUCCUUAAAUAGCUUAGUAAAACUUCAAGUCGUGGCUAAUGGGUUAUUAUAUAAGGUCAUGUAAACAUAUGAUAAUAUUAUCACAGUGACUUGUGCUUUAAAUUAAUUAUGAUUUUAGUAAAAAGG